AUGGACACAGCAAGCAUCACAAGCUCGUCCUCUGGCGGGCGGCGCAACAAGCACCACUCGAGCGAGGAAAGAUCGAGCAGCAAGAAGCGCAAACACCACAAGGUCAACGGCGCCAACGAGCGACGAGACAGCAUCAGCGCCCCCGCGCGGGACCCCCGAGAUAUCCCCGACCGCCCCAAGAAGAAGAAGUCCAAGAAGUCCCCGGCGCACACCACCACCGACGCAACUGGCGCCUCCACAACCACAACCACCGGCGCCGCCGCCGCCGCAGCCAGCGGGACGGUGACGCGGUCACCGAGCCCGGUGAUCGACUUCGACGGGCUGUCGCGGCCCAGCUCGGGCACGCGCGAGCGGCUGGAGGAGACCAAGGAGCAGGCGGACAAGCGGCUGGCGCGCAUGUGCGGCGCCGUGCGGACCAUACUCGAGUGCGUGGGCGAGGACGCCGACCGCGAGGGCCUGCUGGCCACGCCAGAGCGCUACGCCAAGGCCAUGCUGUUCUUCACCAAGGGCUACCAGCAGAACGUGCGCGACAUCGUCAACGGCGCCAUCUUCGAGGAGGGCCACAACGAGAUGGUGAUCGUCAAGGACAUCGAGGUGUUCAGCAUGUGCGAGCACCACCUGGUGCCGUUCACCGGAAAGAUGCAUAUCGGCUAUAUACCCAAUCAGUCCGUCAUUGGUAUCUCGAAACUGCCCCGUAUCGCAGAGCUGUUCGCCCGCCGGCUGCAGAUCCAAGAGCGGCUAACUAAGGAGGUCGCCAACGCCAUCAUGGAGGUUCUCAAGCCCCAGGGUGUCGCGGUUGUCAUGGAGUCGAGCCAUCUGUGCAUGGUGAUGAGGGGUGUCGAGAAGACGAGCACGAGCACCAUCACGAGCUGCGUCCUUGGGUGCUUCGAGCGCAAGGAGAAGACGAGGAACGAGUUCCUGAACCUGAUCAGUGUCAACCGCCGGGCCUAA